CACACAAUGGGUUCAGAUGACCUGACUCGAGUUCGCAGUUACUUCCUCCGUAACUCACGAGUAAAGGAGUUUUCUGGGUAUGGUGGGAAGAUUCACACGCUUGCUUGGAAUGUCAGUGGUUCAAGAUUGGCUUCCGGCUCUUCGGAUAAAUUGGUCAACCUAUACGCAAUCGAUUCGUCCAAACUCGUGAAAGUUCACACUUUUCGAGGCCACAACGAAAGUGUUGAUCAGCUGUGUUGGCACCCUUCGGAUCCUGAGCUUUUGGCAACUGUUGGUGCUGACGGGGCUGUUCGCCUGUGGGAUUGCCGCUCUAAGAAGGACCCGAUCACGGCUCAACUGAAAGGGGAAAAUAUCAAUUUGGCUUGGUCUUCAGAUGCACGAUGUAUAGCUGUUGGUAACAAAACCGAUCUGAUAUCUUGGCUCGAUGUUCGUGCAGGGCUGAAGCCAAUCCAAUCAGAACAGUUCAACUUUGAAAUCAACGAGUUCGCUUGGAAACCGAAUACGGACAUUUUCCUUCUCACCACUGGACUGGGGAGCAUUUUGGUGUACAGUGGGAAACCCGGAGAUAUGCGACGGGAAACGAGCCUUCAAGCACAUCCGGUCAAUGCAAUGUGUCUACAGUUCACUAAUUCCGGUCGAUAUUUUGCUGUGGGUAGUGCCGACGCUCUUGUUUCUAUUUGGGAUGCAGACGAGUUCGUCUGCAUUCGAACCCUGUCGCGGCUGGAAUGGCCCGUUCGAACUCUGGGUUUCUCUCACGACGCAAAGUUGCUCGCAGCUGCCAGUGAGGAUCACUUCAUUGACAUUGGUCACGUGGAAACAGGUGAACAAGUAUGUCAGGUGGGGAUUCAUUCAUCGGCCACCUUUGUUCUCUGUUGGCAUCCCAAACAGUAUUUGUUGACUUACUCCAGUGAGGCCAAAUACGAACGGGAGCAGGGAGUCAUUCGAUUAUUCGGUUUCCCUUCAGACAGCAGUCGAGCAAUGGAAUGAUUUCACCACUCCCUCCCCCUCCUGCAUAUCCACUUGUACAGCUUCCAAUCACGCUUUACCCUGUACACGUUUUUUUCAGUUUGUAUUUCAUUUUCUU